AUGACAAGAGGAGGCCAACUAGCUAACAGACAAUCAAAAUCUGCCUAUGUCAAUUUUUCGAGAGACCAUGACAGCCAUGAAAGACACAGUUCCUCGCGCAAACAUCGUCGCCGUAGUCGUUCGCGUUCUUCUGAACGGGACAAAGAACUGCGUAUACAAAUGAAACCUUUGGUGCUUGCUUCGGAGAAUGAUUCAAAUCGACAAAGUGAAAUCAGUUACAUCGAAGGAUCAAGUUUCAUACAGAAGGGUUUCUCUUCUUCACGUAAACUAGCGACAAUGAUCCAACCAGAUUCACACUCGCGCUUGACAGGUGUAAAUAUAUCUAGCAGUUACCACACAAUGCUUGCAGAAAAGGCUCAUGAAGCAGCCAUUUUUGGUCAUUCCUCCGUUCUUCUUCCGUCUUUUCUUGGUACUGAUCCAGCGGAGGCGAAAGAACGUCUGGUAUCAUCUUUAGACACAGUGAGACAAUUAAUACAUCACACGCUUGAUAAGUCUGAUUCAUCUGCAUGGAAUAUGUGGCUGACAAGACUCACUAAAUUCAAGGAACGUCGAGCAAAUAUGCUUUCCCGCUCUAAUACUUUCAAAACUAAUCAAAAGAAAAAAAUCAAUGGUUUCGGAUAA